AUGAAUCAGCAUAAUGUUCGUCUUCUUGAUCUUCCUAAUGAAAUAUUAUUUCUCAUUUUGAAAAAACUUGACAAUAUUGAUGUUCUUUAUUCUUUACUGGGUAUCAACAAUCAACGACUUAACAUUAUAGCACAAGAACAAAACUUUACUAACAUUCUUAAUUUUGUUUCUAUAUCACAAUCAACUGAUGAGAUUUCUUCAAUAUCUGAUGCAAUACUAAAUCGAUUUUGUAUUGAUAUAUUGCCAAGAAUUCAUAAAAAUGUUAAAUCACUCAGUAUUGAAUCCAUUUAUCUGGGAUAUAUUUUUGGUGGUGGUCAUUAUCCUAAUCUUACUGAACUUAAACUUUUUAAUUUCAACAAACAAAUCUUUUUAUGUUACUUCAUAGGUGAUUCUCUCUUUAGAUAUAUUUAUUUUAAUGAUGUUCAUGCUUUACUUGAUGGUCGUCUCAAACAAUUAACUAGAUUCAUUGUUCAAGUUCAUCUUAUCAAAGAUCACAUAUCAACAUCUCACAAAAGGGUUGAUCUACCUAAUUUAAAAUGUUUCUCAUUAACAUCCUAUCAUAGUACUAUAGGAUUUAACACUGUAGUUGUACCUCUUCUUCGUCGAAUGUCAUAUCUCGAAGAAUUAACUUUAUAUAUUCGUAUAUGGAAUAGAUUAACAUUCAUCGCUGGCACUUAUCUUGAUAAUGAAAUUCUUAUUCAUAUGCCAAAACUUCAUACAUUCACAUUUUAUAUUGCUUCUCAAAAUGACAAUCCUCAUCCGGCUAUUCGUAUAUCUAAUGAUGAUAUUCAACGAACUUUCACAAAAAAAGAACAUCGACCGAUGACUUCUAUGGUAGAUUAUUUUGACCCUUACAAAAUGAUAUGUCGCAUUUUUUCACUUCCAUUUAAAUUUCAUCGUCUCGACGACAUUGGAAAUAAUAUUCCAGAUAUUGUAUUUAAUUCUGUUAUUCAUUUGAAAUUAUGGGACAAAGAUGCAUUUAAACAUGAAUUUUUCAUUUGA